UUUUUUAAAUGGUCAUAAGGAUAUAAUGCGCACUGUAGAGCCAAAAUUAUUGAGAUCUUCUAGUUAUGUAGCGAAUGAUUAUUAUGAUGAAACUGAACAAAUGUAUCUGAAUUUUAAAGGUGAUUUAAAAAGAAUUUUGUCAACUUUUAAUAGCGCUCAGUCAAAUAUUAAUACGGAACAGUCGCGUGGUUCUACUAGUGGUUCUACGCAUGUAAAAUUGCCGAAAAUAAAUAUAAAAGGCUUUUCAGGCCAAUAUUCGGAGUGGAGUGCCUUCCACGAUUUAUUUAAAUCCUUAAUUCACCAAAAUCAAACUUUGGAUGAUGUCGAAAAACUACAUUAUUUGAAGGGCUAUUUAACAGGCGAAGCCGAACAAGUUUUAAAGCAUAUACCUAUUAUGGGCAGUAAUUAUGAAAGGUGUUGGUCUUUAUUAGAGGAACGAUAUAAUAAUAAAAAAUACAUCUGUCAUCAUAUAUUGAAAAGGUUUUUAAGUCAGAGAAAUUUAACAUGUGAAUCCGCUACGGGUAUCAAGGAAUUGAUAGAUACAACUAAUGAUUGUUUGGCGACUUUAUGUAAUAUUGGUGUUGAUGUCAAGGGAUGGGAUAUUUUAGUUAUACAUAUUUUAACUUUAAAAUUAGAUUAUGAAACUAGGCGACAAUGGGAAUUUAAUUUUACAAAUAAUAGUAAGUCGUCUGAUGAGUUACCGUCUUACGAACAAUUUAAAGAGUUUUUGACUAGUCGCUAUCGUGCUAUUGAAUUUUUAGAUAAUAAACCUAAUGUAAUAAAUAAGUCUCAGAAUAGUAACAAAGGGUUUCAAAUUAGUAAGCCUAAAUCAUUUCAUGUCACCAAUGCUAAAUGUCAGUUUUGUAUGGAAGGUCACAAACUCUGUUAUUGUAAAAAGUUUGCUAAAGAAAAUGUUAAUAAUCGCCGUCAAUUUGUACAAACAAAUAAUCUUUGUUUUAAUUGCUUGGGUAGCAACCACUCUGCCAAAGCAUGCUUUAUUCCAAUAAAAUGUCGUGUGUGCAAAAGAAAACACCACUCUCUUUUACACCCCACGGGUAACAGUGAUGUUGUUAAUAGUGAUGAAAGGUCAUCGUCCAAUGAGUGUGUUGUCCCGUCUACUAGCUCAGGUGUGGAAGUAGAUAAACCAACUCAGUCUAUAAGUUGUUUCUCGACAGGUCGAAUUAGUAAUCAGGUUUUACUAGCUACGGCGCUAGUCGAAGCCAAGUCGAGAAAUGGUCUGGGUUACACUAUACGAGCUUUGAUAGAUCAAGGAUCACAAUCUUCAUUUGUCACGGAGUCUAUAGUUCAAUAUUUGGGUUUAAAAAAGAUCCCGAUCAGAGGGCAAAUAUCUGGAUUGGGUGGAGAUAAGGAUAUCAUCUCCAAGGCUAUGGUGAACAUAGAACUGAAGUCUCUAGUUGACACUAAUUUUACUAUUAUUAUAAAGGCAUAUGUUUUGAAAUGUAUUACCAGUAUUCUACCAACAAAAAGAGUGGAAUCAUUAGAAUGGGAGGAUCUCAAGAAUGUUACUCUUGCGGACCCAAGUUAUAAUACUCCCAAUCGCAUAGAUUUAUUAUUGGGAGCGGAGGUAUAUUGUCGUAUAUUACAAGAUGGAAUAAAAAGGAGUCCAUCGGAGACAUUGGUAGCACAAUCUACUAGAUUAGGCUGGAUAUUAUCUGGAGUAGUUCAAGUGUCUGCCAACCCGCAUCCUGAAAUAAAGGUUAUGCACUGUAGAAUAGAAGAAAAUGAAAUAUUAAAGAAAUUCUGGGAAUUGGAAUCAGAUACAGAAUUGACAAGGGAAAAAUUACUUACCGAUGAAGAAAAAACGUGUGAAAAAUAUUACACUGAUACUACUUAUCGAGAUAUUGAUGGUAAAUAUGUUGUUCGUCUUCCAUUCAAGGAGAGUCCGUUGGUGAGUAGAUCCCUGCAGAUAUCUGAAAAAAGAUUAAAAUUAUUAAUGAUAAGAUUAAAUAAAAAUGAAGAUUUAAAGAAAAGUUAUGAAGAAGUAAUAAAUGAAUACUUAUCUCUUGGUCACAUGGAGGAGGUACCUGUAAAUGAAAUUGAGAGUGUUGAUGCUAUUUACUUACCUCAUCAUGCUGUAGUAAAAAAUGAUAAAGAUACAACGAAAGUACGGGUGGUCUUCGACGCCUCCUGUAAGGGAACAAAUGGACGUUCACUGAACGAUUAUAUGUUAGUAGGACCUGCUUUACAGUCUGAAUUAAGACAUAUUAUGAUACGGUGGAGAACUUGGCCUAUUUGUUUAGCUGCUGAUGUAGUCAAAAUGUACCGUCAAAUUCGUGUUAAUAAACAAGAUAUUAAUUUUCAGCGUAUAUUAUGGCAAAUUGAAGAUCAAAUUAAACAUUAUAGAUUACUUCGUGUUACUUUUGGGACAGCAUCUGCACCCUAUCUGGCAAUAAAAACUCUGCAACAAAUAGCUGAGGAUGAAGAAAAUAGAUACCCAUUAGCUGCUGGAAGGGUAAGGACUGACUUUUACAUGGACGAUCUAUUAACGGGCUGUCAAGAUAAAGCUGAAGGUAUAAAAAUAUAUAAAGAAAUGAAUGAUUUACUAAUAAAAGGAGGAUUUGAGUUACAAAAAUGGACAACGAAUGAUAAUAAGUUGUUAAUAGAAAUGAAGGAAUCUAGAAAGACAGAUGAUCUGAAAGAAGAAUUAAAAAUAAAGACAGAUGAUAUUAUUAAAAUUGUAGGACUUACCUGGAAUCGUAGACACGAUGCCUUCCACUAUACUGUAAAGCUGCCAGACCUGAAAGAACCAAUUACUAAAAGAAAAAUUAUUUCUGAUAUAUCACGUUUUUAUGAUCCUCUGGGAUGGGUAGCGCCAUGCACAAUUCUUUUCAAAAUUAUUAUACAGAAACUAUGGUUAACAGGAAUUGAUUGGGAUGAAAUAGUACCUGAAAAAAUACUUCAAGAAUGGAUUAAAUAUCGAAAUGAACUAACUAUUUUAACUGAAAUUGAAAUACCGAGAUGGAUAGGUACCAAGGCAAGUGAUGUUAAAGUUGAGUUGCAUGGGUUUUGUGACGCAUCACAAUCGGCUUAUGGGGCGGUUGUGUAUGCUCGCGUAGUUGAUUUGGAGGGAAAUGUUCGAGUCACAUUGAUCUCUGCAAAAACAAAAGUGGCGCCGGUCAAACAAGUGUCGGUUCCCAGAUUGGAAUUGUGUGGAGCAGUAUUACUGACUAAACUUUUAAUUGAAACUGCAAAGGUAUUGAACAUCCAAAAGACUUACCUGCAUGCGUGGACUGACUCUACAGUAGUGCUCGCAUGGAUUAAUAGUCAUCCAAAUCGUUGGAAGGUAUUUGUUGCAAAUCGUGUGUCUGAAAUUCUGACCAAUUUAGAUAGUCAUUAUUGGUCGCAUGUUGGUACUAAAUGCAAUCCCGCUGACCAUGCGUCCAGAGGGUUGUAUCCAUCAGAACUGAAAAAUAAUGUAAUGUGGUUUGAAGGUCCACGAUUCUUGCAUGAUAAGGAAAUACUGUACGUAAAACCAAAAGAUAUCGAAACAGAACUAGAAACAGCCAAAGUUCAUAUUACAGUUACAACUUGUUUUAUAUGGGAUAAAUAUUCUUCGCUUAACAGAUUGGUAAGGAUAAUUGCAUACUGCAGACGUUUUCUGAAUAUCAGAAAAGGACGGAAUGAUACGUCCCGUAGUAAGUACCUCUCUGCGAAAGAAUUGAGUGAUGCUCUGGAAACGUGCGUAAGGCAGUGUCAGAGAGAACAUUUUCUAGAGGUUUUUAGUAACACUAAUAGUACAAUGAAGACAAAUAGACUGAAGGGUCCACUGAAACCAUUGAACCCGUUCAUAGACCAAAAGGGCUUGUUGAGAGUAGGUGGAAGAUUAGAACAUUCCCAAUUAUCCUAUAAUCAGAAACACCCUCUAUUGAUCCCUAAACAGUCUUCGUUAACCACACUUUUGAUAGCGGAUGCACACAUGCAAACUUUACAUGGUGGACUGCAAUUGACUCUAAGCUAUCUUCAGUCAAAAUUUUGGAUAUUGGGCGGGAAACAGCUAGUAAAAUCAUACUGCCGUAAAUGUGUAACAUGCAUAAAAAACGCAGGUACAACUCAAAGUCAAUUGAUGGGACAGUUGCCAUCAAGUAGAGUUACUCCUACACGUCCAUUCAAGCACAGUGGAGUAGAUUAUGCUGGUCCCAUUCAGAUCAGAACAACUAAAGGCAGAGGUUUCAGAUCCUAUAAGGGAUAUAUAUGCCUAUUCGUUUGUAUGGUCACUCGUGCGGUGCAUAUAGAGGUUGUGAGCGACCUUACAUCGGAAGGAUUUCUAAGUGCUUAUAAACGAUUUGUGGCUAGGCGUGGUUCCUGCACAGAACUCUGGAGUGACAAUGGCACGAAUUUCGUUGGUGCAGCCGUUGAACUUAAAAAACUGUUCCAUGCAGAAAAUAAAGCUGUAAUGGACGAAGUAGCAGAAUCACUGGCAAUACUUGGUUGCACAUGGCGUUUCAUUCCUCCGCACGCCCCUAAUUUUGGAGGACUUUGGGAAAGAGGUAUCCGAUCAGUGAAAUACCACCUGAAACGAAUAAUAGGCAAUUCAACGUUAACGUACGAAGAAAUGGCUACAGUACUCAUUCAAAUCGAGGCUUGUUUAAACUCAAGGCCUCAAUCAGUACUCAACGAUGAUCCUGAUAGCUUAAAUGUAUUGACGCCAGGACAUUUCUUGAUAGGAGAACCGUUGAGAACAGCCCCUGAUUAUGAUUUUACGUCAUCCAAUGUGAGCUCUUUAAGGCGGUGGCAAUAUACACAGAGGAUAGUGCAAGAUUUUUGGCAUCAGUGGUCUAAAGAAUACCUAAUUAAAUUUUUCCAUCGUUAUAGAUGGGCAUCACAAACUCCGCAACCAAAUUUAGGGGAUGUAGUAGUUAUAAAGGAAGAGGGUUUACCUCCAUCUCGUUGGCUUUAUGGCAGGAUAGUUGCUAUUCAUCCAGGACAAGAUAAUAUAAUUAGAGUAGUAACAUUAAAAACUAAAAAUGGAUGUCUUAAAAGGCCCACUUCAAAAUUGUGUAUUUUACCAAUAGCCAAAUAA